AAUAUUGAUAUAGUGACUAUAAGCUGAUACUAGGUUUGCUAAUUACGUAAUAACUUAUUACAGAAGGGACUGAAUAAAUUGACUUACAUGGUAUUACAUGAAUCUUACAACUUUUUGCGGAAGAAGAACUGAGUUGCGAGACUUAGUUUUUAAACAAGUUUUGUUUUUGGUGGCAUUUAAAGGACCUGAUGAAUAGAGAACUGUAAUAGUCUGGGUCCACAUUAUAAGGAAAACGUUGAAAAAUAGCUAUAUGAAGCGAAAAAGAAUAAGAAUGUGUUGAGAUUGUGUGUGUGUAUGUAUGUGUGUGUGCAGAGGAGAAGAAACCUCUUUCAUUUGUUGUCGUUCCUUGCAUUUGAAUCAAACCAUAGAUUUGCUAUAUAUUAGCGGAUAGACAAACAAAGCCUACGAGAGAGAUACAUCCAUAUCGCAAAAACAUCAAGAUUGAAAAGAUUUAGUUGUACAAUUUUGGAAACAGCAGGCUGCAGAAAUAGGGCUGCCAAUAUCAGUAUACAGACCAGGAAGAUAUCCAGUGUGUAUUAUAACUUGGCAAGGCUCUUGUCCGGAAUUACCAAGUAUAAUGCUUAAUUCUCAUUCAGAUGUCGUCACCGCUGAGGAAGUUUACUGGUCGCAUCCUCCAUUUUCUGGUGAAAUUGAUGAAAACGGGGACCUGUUUGGGCGAGGCACACAAGACACCAAGAGCCUUUCUAUUCAACAUUUAGAGGCGAUAAGAAAUUUAAUUAACAACAAGGUUACUUUAGAAAGGACUAUUCAUAUUUCGAUAAUUCCAGAUGAGGAAAGAGGAGGUUCUGAGGGGAUGAAACCUUUUCUAAAAUCGCAGUACUUCAAAAGAUUAAAUGUCGGCUUCGCUUUAGAUGAAGGGUUAACAUCUCCGACGAAUACUAUGUUCGCCACAUAUCAGGAUAAACGACCAUGGCAAUUGAAUAUGACGUUUUAUGGCCAAGGUGGCCAUGGGUCUUCAAUUCAAACAAGUACUGCUGUCGAAAAGCUUCAACUGUUACUCGACCAGGUGAUACACUUCAGGAGGGAACAAUCGCAGAUUAUGUCCAGCUCUAAGGCUUACGAUUUUGGAUCGUUUAGUACAAUUAACAUGAAUAUAAUACAGACGGGGAUAGCAACAAAUGUAAUUCCCAACAAAGUGAAUGCUGUGAUAGACAUGAGACUGGCGGUCAAUGCAAACAUAUCAGAUAUUCAAAGCAUGGUGGACGAGUGGCAGUCACUAACGGGGCCUCACACUGAACUGGAGUAUCUUCGGCGUGAGGAUGAGUCUAUGGCAACUUCCAUCGACGACUCAAAUCCAUAUUGGAUCGCAAUGCAGAAGGCUGCAGAGGAAAUGGACAUCGACAUCCAGCCAGUUGUGUGUUUCGCGACGUCAGACAUGUUGUAUUUAAGAAAUCUGGGAAUCCCGGCUAUUGGGUUCGCGCCCAGACGCAACAUGGUAUCUCGCAUCCACGACAUAGAUGAAUAUAUAUCCCUUGACGGAUUUUUAAACGGUAUUGAAAUAUUUGAGGGUAUUAUUAAAAGAAUAGGCAAUGUGACAGCUGUAUAACAUUGCUGUAGGCUAAGUAUAUAAUAUAUUGUAAUAUGUGAUUCUAAUUUAUUGGCUGUAAUAAACUGUAUUGUGGAAAGAA